AUUUAACCAUAAUAUAAAGCGGUGACUUCCCGAUAAACAUUUGGGACUGACUGGUUCUUAGAUUCUAAUUUUUUUAUUCGAACGACUGCUUUUUUGUAUAACUAUGCAUCGAUUAUUGUGUAUCUUAUGCAUUUUUUCCUUAAGUUUACAAUGUGUGCUGUGCCUGCUUGAUCCAGUCAGUUUGACAAUUGGGGCUGGUGUAGGGCUGGGUGCACUUACCGGGUUUGGUUUUCUAAAAGAUCAAACUUAUUGUCGGUUCACAGAAUGUUGUAAUGAACGAUAUAUUCCCGGAAAUAUCAAUAAGCUGAAAAGUAUGUUAGCGGAUAGAUUGUAUGGACAACAUAUUGUAGUGCAACAAUUGACAUCGGCGCUGGAAGCACAUUUCAAUCCCAAAAGUUCGUCACGCAAACCUCUGGUAAUGAGUUUUCACGGAACACCAGGUACUGGGAAAAAUUUUGUAUCUGAUAUGAUUGCUGAGGCAUUGUAUGAAAAUGGUGUGAAAAGUCGAUUUGUGCAUAAAUAUAUGGGAAGACUACAUUUUUCGUUGGAGAAACAGGUUGACUAUUAUAAUCAUCGCAUCUUUAAAGACGUGGUAGAAGGCAUUAGAGAUUGUCCACGUUCGUUGUUCAUAUUUGAUGAAGUUGACAAAAUGCCAUCUGGCGUGUUUGAAUCUCUAGCAGCACUGGUGGACUAUAAUGCGUUGCCAGAUAAUUUGGAUGGUUCAAAAGCGAUAUUUAUUUUCCUUUCAAAUACAGCCGGAGUACAAAUAUCGGAUCAACUGGCUAAGUUGCUUAUGAAUGGUGUAUUACGUGACAGCAUAAAAUUAAGUUCGUUUGAACAGAUACUGGAAAAAGCUUCCUAUAACUUAGAGGGUGGCUUCAAAAAGGCAGGUCUGAUUGAGCAACAUGUAAUUGAUCAUUACAUUCCAUAUCUACCGUUAGAGAAACAGCAUGUGCGACAGUGUAUAGCGGCAGAAUUUCGUAAAUGGGGUCGGAAUCCAGACGAGAACGUAAUAGAUUCAUUGCUCCAGGACGUAAUAACAUAUGAUCGUGGUUACGGUCUUUUUGCCACAUCAGGUUGUAAAACUAUAGAAAAAAAAGUUGCAACAGAAGUCUGGAGAAAUUAAAUAUACUCGUUUUAAGUUCUCAUUUAUAUGUAUUAAA